AACCGGAUUCACACAGUUGAAUAAGAGAACUGCCUUGUGUUGCUGUCGUCAGUAAUAUUACGCUUUUAUAUAUCCAAUCAAUGUGUGUUUUAGACCAAAUUAAUUUUGAUAAGAUAUUCUUGCCUUUGGUGGUAUGUCCAGUAACUCUGGAUAGUUAAAGGACGCUUUAUUUCUCUGUUAUGGAAUCUCUAAACCAGGUCAUUGUCAUGCACCUUCAGGAGUCUCAUUCCACAGCUCUGGAUCUGUCAGGGGGUUGCAGAGUCCUUUAAAGACGAACUCCAUGGAGACUUUGGACCUUGUCAAGAAGCCCAACUGGCGUGGCAUUACCUCAGGAAAUAAGGUUAAUAUCUCAGAGUCACGGUCAGGUAGGUACAUCACUCAGCCUUGCAAACCGAAUCCACCUGAUCACCCAGAACCAGCAUCAAAGCAUUAUGGGACAAGAGCUUGUGGCAUGUCCUCCCAUGGCCCCUACUCUUUGCCUUUAUCACUGAUCAGUGGACUGCCCUCUGUGGCUCAGAUACUGUCUCAAUGCCCACCUACAGGCUGCAUGUUUGAUGAUGAUUACCAUGUGGAAAUGGAUGGCGUGUUGACGCAAACGCAAAAAUGUAAGAAAUCAGAUUCCUUGUUAGAAAACAGCACAUUAGGAGAUCGGAUAGCACACAAUGGAUUAGAGACACUUCCACAAGAAACAUACUUGAGUGACUCUCUAUCGUUCAUGUCACAGACUAAGGGCUCAUCGUAUUUACCUCAGGACGCCAGUGCUGCUGCAUACACACUACAUUCCACCAGCUCUGCACUUGUAAAAACUGCAGUUGAAACUCUGGCAUACAAAAGUACAGAUGCCAACAAAAGAUCUCCAUGCUCAGAUGAAUACAUCUCUAGUAACGAUGAGAGUGACAUCGUUGAGGUGCCGAUAACCAACUCCAAAUGCAAGACGCCUCCACAUUGUAGCUUCCAAUCUGGGAGUGUUAUAGUUCAUGAGAUACGCCAUGAAAGAGGAAGUUCUUCCUCCGCAAGGCAGGAAGUUGACCGGGAUAGUCAAAUGGGCUGCUCUCCAGAAAAUGUGUACAAUUUCCAUGUCCUGAAUGAACCUGCUUUGGAAGAACAUGAGGUUAGUUAUGACUCCAAAUCCUUGCUGUCAUGGAUUGAAUCGGUCUCGAUACCACUCGUCCCGCAAGACAGCGAUCAAGACACAAAUUCUGCUUUUCCCAAAAUCUUCCCAUCUACCUUGGAUGCAGACAACACAAGCAUCUUGAAGCCUCCACCAAGUGGGAUGUCAUCUUCGCCGCCCAGCUGUCCACGGAAGACUCUGGCCUCGACAAGCAGGAAACAAACCAAACCAAUGCCCAAAACGAGGACCCCAAGGAAGCGGGUGAGAGCUUUAACAGGGAGCAAAUCGAAAGCAAGAACAACCAAGAGAAGAUGCAGAAAACCUCGGUCAUCUGUGACUUCAUCCAUGUUUUCUCCUCAAGAGCUGGAGAUCAACCUAAAAUAUGCAAACCAAAAAGACAAGAAAGAUGCCAAAUCAGACAGCUUUUCUCCCUACAUUCAUGUGAAGUUCUCAUCCUGCACCAUCAUCAACUUUAGGGAAGAGGAUGAUGCUGCAACGAAGAAAGGCUCACAACAGCAGACGGUCUCUGGUGUUAUCCCAAAGACUUUGUGUUUGCAACUGGGCCGUGUUGGGUGCGAUGCCAGGUUUCACCACAAGCAUCUCUGUUGCUUGUGUGGAAGGGCUCCAAAUGGUGAAGGCCUCGGGGACUUGUAUGGACCGUACUACCCCAGUGGAGCUCAGCCCAUGUGUAAGAGUGACAAUAGCUCACCCGCCAGGAGGCAAGACCCCAACUGCAGUGACUUGGACUCUGUCUACAGUUUGGAAGAUGUUGGAGGCCAGUCCAUCAAAGAAGCAGAUCUUUUGGAAAUCGGAGCUAAACAGUCGAGGAAAGAGAACUGUGUGGAGAUUGAUGAGGAGUCUGGUGUCUGUAGUGAACGCUGGAUACAUGAGGACUGUUGCAUUUGGACGGCAGGCAUCUUUUUGGUUAAAGGGAGACUCUACGGAUUGGAAGAAGCCAUCCGGCUUGCGCAAGAAAUGGUGUGCUCAUACUGUCACAGAGUUGGUGCCACUUUGGGAUGUUUCUUUAAAGACUGCCCCAAUAAAUACCACUUUCCCUGUGCCCUGCAGUCGGGUAGACUUCGUAGGACAUUUGGUAAUGAGUGGUAUCUGGCUGUGAAAUCAUCGCUAAUGUGUUUACAGAUUUUUCCAUCUGGCAUAUUUGAGUGUUUACAUUUGCUCGCAGGCAGAUGAAUGUUCAGAGCUGGAUGGCCACUGCCUUUUUAGCUGUCGGAUACGAGUGGUACCCUCGGACAAUGCUGGAUGAAUUUCAUUGCAUUCCUCUGAGCACAUAUGAUGUAUUCAACCACUGCUGAUUUUUAAAAUAAUGAUUUAUGUCCUGUUCACUGCAGUUUACACAAGGCCAGUUAUCUCCUUCAUCUGCUACAGGUCGAAUCAUAUAAAACCCAUUACAACGUUGCGCAGAAUGAAAGGGCUUCACCUGACCAGAGUUAAUGAGAGCGUUUUUUCAUUUAAAAGAACAAUACAACAAUCAUAUAGACACAGAAGAGCUUUCUCUUUCUUUUUCACUCUUUCAUGAACUCCAGCCAGUGACUUUUCAUUAAAGAUAUAGUUCACCCAAAAAUUGAAAUUCUGUCAUUUUCUCACUCUCAUCUUUCUCUCUUUUGUGUAACACAACAAAGUUGUUGAAUGAUGACGUAAUUAAUUUUUGGGGUGAAAAACCCUUUCAUAUUUAACAUAAACUGUACAUUCUGAAACAAUGGUGUCCUUAUGACGUAAGACUGAAUUGCUGGUAUGGUAUAGUACGCACUAUUAUGUGAACAUAUUUAUUUAUAUUUAUGUUUAAUGCAUAAGUGUGUAUUUAUUUGCCAAUGAACAGCCUCGAAGUGUGUUUUCGCAUCUUUUAUAAAUUCAGUAAAUUUUUCAUUUGAUGAUGUUGAUAAGUUGAAUAUGGAUCUGAUUUCAGUUUUUAAUUUUAAUUUGUGGCCACUGUGUCUAUGGGAUUUUCCAUUUCACCUGCUGCCUUGUGAUGUCUCAAGUUCUCAUUUAAUAAAUGCUUUUACUUUACAUCCCAUCCAACCAUGUCAUUGUG